CCUCGUCCGAUCCUUUCCGGGUGAGACGUUAGCACACCCCAUGAAUGUGAGCUAGCGGGCCGGACUUUUUCAUUCAGAAAACCGAGAAAAGUGAACACAGCCGGACAUUUAAACACCUCCUCCGCGGUGUCAUUCAGCGUAUCGCUCUGUAAACUUAUGACACAGCGAUGCCGGGGCUCAGCUGUAGAUUCUACCAGCACCGGUUCCCAGAGGUGGAGGACGUGGUGAUGGUGAACGUGCGGUCCAUCGCCGAGAUGGGCGCCUACGUCAGCCUCCUGGAGUACAACAACAUCGAGGGCAUGAUCCUCCUGAGCGAGCUGUCGCGUCGACGUAUCCGCUCCAUCAACAAGCUCAUCCGCAUCGGCCGCAACGAGUGUGUGGUCGUCAUCCGAGUAGACAAAGAGAAAGGAUACAUUGAUUUGUCCAAAAGAAGAGUUUCACCAGAGGAGGCCAUCAAGUGUGAAGAUAAAUUCACCAAAUCUAAAACUGUGUACAGCAUCCUUCGACACGUGGCAGAGGUGCUGGAUUACAGUAAGGAUGAGCAGCUGGAGAGCUUGUACCAGCGCACCGCCUGGGUGUUUGAUGAGAAAUACAAGCGGCCCGGAUACGGAGCGUAUGACGUCUUCAAACAGGCUGUGUCAGAUCCUGCCAUCCUGGACGGGUUGGACUUAACAGAGGAGGAGAGGAGCGUGCUGAUCGACAACAUCAACAGGAGGCUCACCCCGCAAGCCGUCAAGAUCCGAGCAGACAUCGAGGUGGCGUGUUACGGCUAUGAGGGAAUCGACGCCGUGAAGGAGGCUCUGAGGGCCGGGCUGGGCUGCUCCACGGAGGCCAUGCCCAUCAAGAUCAACCUGAUCGCUCCCCCUCGCUACGUGAUGACGACGACCACCCUGGAGCGCACGGAGGGCCUGUCCGUCCUCAACCAGGCCAUGGCCGCCAUCAAGGAGAAGAUCGAGGAGAAGCGAGGCGUCUUCAACAUCCAGAUGGAGCCCAAGGUGGUGACAGACACGGACGAGACAGAGCUGGCGCGGCAGCUGGAGCGGCUAGAGCGGGAGAACGCCGAGGUGGACGGAGACGACGACGCCGAGGAGAUGGAGGCCAAAGCCGAGGACUAGAGUCGGCGCUGGACAAGGAAGGCCGGCGGUCUAGGGGGGGGCGGGAGACGGCAAACACAAGGAGAACAUGUGAACAGGUCACAGUCACUCAGUCCAACAGACGGUAACUUUCACAUUCAAACAUUAACGGGUGUUACUAGUUGAUUGGCAGACGUCCCGGUUUCUCCGAAAGAAGCAGAUUUCUGACCGGGCGAAUGGUUACGUCACAAGUUAAAACAUCAGCAUAGUUUCUAUUUUUAAGUACUCCCAAUUUGAAUACAUGAUAACUCUUAAAGUACAGAAAGCUGUUCAACAGACGGUGGCCUUCACAUCCCUCUGGCUUCAAGAGCCCGGCGGCCUCAGUGUCCACAGCGCUUCAUCUCUGGAUGUGAUCGACUGAAGAGGGAGACGCGCCGCCGCUCAGCUGUAACUUCAUGUGUUUCAAGGUUUCUACUGGCAAAGAUCUUGUUCGGCUCACAUGGCAUCAAUAAAGUUCUGGAUGUUUUGAUCUCAA